AUGUGUUUCACCGUAUUUUUCACCGGUAUCACAUGGACCCUUGAUCGUCUCCACAAAAUUGAGAGGCGCAGUGCCAUUGUCCUCACUGAUCCUUUUGUAUUUCUCAGUGGGGGGUUAGCAGGCUGGGCUGGACGCGCGGCGGCGAUUCCAUUUGACAAUGGGGGCAUAAAGGGGCCUGCGCAGGCCUGCUACCGGCGCAUGCCGCAAUUUGGCCUCCUCAUGUGGAUGUACGUCCCGCUUGCCUCGCAGCUGCUUCCAGGACUGGAGUCCGAUCCGCCUUUCAAAGCGUUUACGACGUUUGUUCUUGGGGCAUUCGCUGGAUUUAUGAUGCGACUCAUCUGUAACCCUGUCAAUCGUGUUCGUGAUGAGUGCCUCCGAACUGGUGACACAUUCUUGAAGACGUGUCAGGUGUUCAAGAGCAAGACGGUGCUGCAGUUCUUCUACACGACGCCACCGCUAAUGGCCAACGCCAUCUACUUUGGGGCACUUAUGACCGUUUUUGAGGGGCUGCGACGGUUCUGUGAGCGCAAUCGCCUUAUUCCUUUGACAAUAGAAAAGGAUGAAAAGGGAAAAGAUAUCUUUUCAGCAAAAAACUACGCCAUUGUAGCCGCCGGGAACACGGUGGUUGGUGGGAUUGCUGCAGGUGUGGCAUCCACUGUCUGCUAUCCGCUCUCAGCGCACACCUAUCAGCAGACUGUCAUCCACGAUUCCGCCAUUUGCAGGGGCCUUUUGCCGACUCUGAGGAAAGAGGUGCCGAUGAUGGCAGCUAGUUUCGGUGUCUUCACUCUUCUUCAGCCCGUCAUAGCACCGCACCACGGCACUCGCGUGGGUUUCGGGUAUUAG